UUAGAUAGAGUGCAACAAGUGAUUAAUAAUACGCCACCUAGAAGCACGAAAGUUUUACCCUUUAUGUUGUUGACAGUUAUUGAAAUGAGGCUGAGUGAGGUACCAGAUUUGGGAGAGUUUUUGGAAGAGGCAGAGAUCGAAGAAUUAGACAGGGAAAGAGAAUCUCUGCGCAAAGAAGCGCAAGAGAAUAUUAACAAGACCCAACAAGAAAAUCUACGUAAUUUUAAUGAGAAACGGAAACAAGAAACAAAGUACCGAGGAGACGAGUUAGUCGGCAUUAAGGGGACUCAAUAUGGUACGGUACAAGGUAACGAAAGUUUUAUCUCACGGUAGAUACGAGGUGCAGAAGGUUGGUGAGCAUGAGGGCUCUGGACACACAUCAACCGUUGCAGAGUAUAUGAAACGGUUGGAAAAACUAGCGGAAACAUACAGCAGGACAUCAUUCGAGCCGAAUGAUGAGUCAGUAGGCCCGAAUGUGGGAUUGCUGUGCCGGACCAGAAGUGGUCGGCAAUACACCCCUGACCGAACAACGCGCAAUCCCAAUAAAACCAUGACCGAACAACUCACAACCAAGUUUUCCGUGUGUCGCCGAAGCAAAAGGUCGCCUAGUCGUUGCUAGCCGGUGUGAUAUUAACACUUCAAUAAAUUUGAUUUAAGUAUAGUUAUGUAAAAGCAAUUCAAGUCCACUUAAUAUAUUUGAUUCAUAUUUUAAUUAAACUAAA